AUGGAUUACAAGGUCAUUGACCGGGUCGGGGACUGCCGAUUUGUGCAUGGACUUCAGCAUUCCGAGAAGACCACCAUUAGUGAGGGUAUUCACCUACCCACUGGUGUCAAGGUGCGAAUGAAGACGGUGCGUGGACAGAACAUGGCGGACUACGAGAGAGGUCGGGAGCUCUCACGUGAGGCGACUGUACUGGCUCGACUCUCCCAUCCCAACAUCAUUCAUGUCUACCAUCUGGUUAAGCACGCUGAUCUUCGAAUUUUGGUAACAGAAUGGAUAGACGGUUUGUCUUUGGAGAGUUUUAUCCGCCUCUUCUUCCAUCACUGCCUGCCAGAGGGCAUUGCUCGCCUCUACUGUCGACAACUGGUGUCUGCAAUCAUUGCAAUGCAACGAAAAAGCAUUCUUUUGAGGGAAAUUCCCAUCAAGAGUCUUGUAAUCACUCGAGAUUUUCGAUGCAUUAAAUUUACCGAUCUCUCCUCGGCGUUGUGUUUGCCAUUGCGGAAAGACGUGACCAGCGCUACGUGCAGUCCAGAAUUCACAGCGCCAGAACUGAUUCAAGAGAACGUCAAAACAGUUGGACCAGAGGCGGUCUCUUGGCCAUUAGGUGUGGUUCUCUUCUACAUGCUAGUGGGAGAAUUGCCUUUUCAAUCCCCCUACUAUGAUCACAAACGCCGAGAACGACUCUUGCGUUUUGCUUUAAGAGGUCUCUCACCGAAUCACGUUGCUGCCAUCUCCUCCUUCACUCCAGUUUUGUAUUUCACUUGUUCAAAACUUUUAGCAUGCCAACUGCUUCUACGACAACUACUUGAACCGCGAGCCAUCGUUCGGAUACCGAUAUGUGAGCUCUGCACAAAUGCAUGGAUUACAGACUCAGGAAGUCAACCAUUUCAGCCCUUCUCGCCCUGCUCAGCGCACAUCAUUGCAAGCCUAGAAACAGUUUCUAAACUCACUCCAAGCACAUCCUACAAGGGCUCCACUGUGAACAACAACCACCAACCACUUGGAAAAUGGGAGGCACCCGCCGAUCGUGGACUACUGAAUCGUGUGAAAGGCAUGUUUACCAAGAAUGCAAAUGAUGAGUCCUCCACCGAAACCCGUGGAAAUGAGUGGUUGUUGGCAACUGACGUUGAGGCCAAUGAUGCAACCAUGCCUUCCGAUUCGGCCGACACAAAUGUUCCUUUCGGGGAACAAAAGUGCAACAAUAUUACUGAGGCUGUCGACUAUCUUGCUCGACUACGAAAAACAAGCGCCUCGGAGGUUGCACGAGCCGUUAUGGAGCGUCCGAUUGGAGAGGUUUCGGCAACCUUUCAGAUUUUGCUCAACUUACAGAGACAAAAUGCAGGCAUCUACUUGGUGGAUCACACAACGCCAGGAUGGCCUCAAUUGGAAUCUGCCUGGUUCAUGGCUUUCAUGGACUCCACCAUGAUGAAGCGCUUGCGUGUCAGUGCCGGAGACGUUGGAAGUUUUGAGGAUUCCGUGUUGAAGGGUGGGCUCCGUAGUAUCAAUUGGUGGUGGUGUCCUAUCCUUCUAAGAAACUUGGGCAAUUGCAUUUGCAAUGAAUCAGGCGAGGUGUUUAUAGGAAGUCAGCUGGAUAAGAAAGCCUUUCGCAGAGACCUCAUGGUGUCGAUUGAAGCCUUCGAGCGCAAGAUGAUGGGCCAGACUACGUCACAAAGCAAAACGGAGAUUACUCCGAGUCUCAUUUCGUGCAAGACGCUGGAUAGCCGGAGACCAAAGGAGAUAAAGUCGAAGCACAGCAUCAACGCUUUUGGCGUGGUGGUGAUGCGAAAGACGAAUCAACUGCAAACCCCAAAGGACUCGAGUAGGCUGGUGCGAGAGUUCACCGAGCGUCUGCGUCGCAGCUCGAUGCGUGCCUCGGUUCGAAUUUUAACUAACCAAAUUCGUCUCUAUAAAGGUAAACCAAGUCUUCCCAAUUUGUCUGGAAAUUUGCCAACUACUGCUUCAUGGGGUGGUAAGAAAAAGGUGAACCCAAACCCCGCCUGUUCAGAUGCCACUGCAAAUGAUGUCUGGCCUUUGUUGACUGAUACGCCACUGUUGCGUAAAAAUGAAUCCUCACAAUGGCCAACACCCGCUGAGUUGACUGGGAGGUCACGGAAUGAUACCAUCAAUGACUUCUCAAUUCCUAACUCUUGGAAUGCUCCUGGCACGUCAAUGGCACUUCGUACUCUAGGCGAGACCGACGAUAGAAACGAUUCUUGGCCCCCUUUAGACACGGCUCAAACAUCCAAUUCCAUUGACCCGGUAUCCAUGCCACGCGCUAUUACUGGCAGUGGGAAUCUCGUAGCAAGCGAAAGUGCAUUUACUUCCCGUCAGCGAAUUCAAGGCGUGGCUAGUGGUAAACCUCGAAACGAAAGUUUCGCAAGCUGGGCUCCCUCCGUCGACGGUGAUUUUAGUGCAUUUGCGAGCCAGCAGUUGCCACCUACCUCCGACAAGAACGUUACGAACUGUCAGCAGUCUGGUGAUGCUGUCUGUUCGAGUGUCAGUGAUUCUGGUAACCAUAUAGAUGGACAGAACGAGACUGCAGUGAUUAUCAAUACUCUGAUUAACUCGAAGGAGUGCUGGGGACAGCAACCUGUUGACCAAACUACACCCUGGGAUAUGGCUCUUCUCAAUGAGGAGCUGGUAUCGGCUUCAACGGCAGCAUCAACUCCGGGCAAUCAUAACUCUACUGGCCUUUUAGGGGACGCUGUCUCCCUUGCCAUGAAACAGCGUCGUUCAGUUCGGAACAGUUCCGGGAUCGCUAACGUAGGUGUUUCUGUGGAGUCGAACGUGUGGUCCAGUGAACCGCCCACGGGCACCGGCAUUUGGGAGAUGCACUAUGAGAGUAUAGGCGAUAGAUCGGGGCGUUGGAAGCAGCCCUCAUCGUCCGCUGGAACAGUAGGAGUGGUUGGUGGUGGAGGCGGUAGUCCGAGACUGGACAUCGUUGCUUCACCACCUGGAAACCACAGAAUAUUGUCCUCCUUCUUGAGUCCAUCUCCCAUUCAACAGCAGCAACAGGGACGUGGUGCUUUCCAAAACAAUUUCUUCCCCCCACAAACGCAGCAAAGAUUCGGUCAGGCAGCUCAGCAACCACCUCCAGGAUCAGGAAGAGGAGUUUUUGGUCCAAAUGGCAUCUUAAAUGCUGGCACCACUGCUGGUGGUGGUUUUAAAUCUCAGGCAUCUGGCAUUGCUCAGGGCUCGACCGGGUGGUCGCUUUCACUUACACCUGAUGGUCAAAGCCCGUUGGACGAUACCAAGCGAUUCCUGGCGCCCUCAGGACCAUGGGGUUCUGAGGGUCGAGGGUUGGGGAAGCAGCAACAGCAGUUGUCCCUAAGUGACACAACACGUUGGUCUUCGUCCCUCGCUCCGCCGUCCUCUGUGUCAGUCGAUAACAUCCCACCUUCCUCCGCCCCAGCCGCGCCACUCUCCUGGCAAAGUGGCAUGGAUCCACGGAAAUUUGUGCCCUGGUCCCAGCAGACUGCAUUAACUCCACAGCUUCCCUCUGCAGCAGUACCACAGCGCUUUCAUCUUCGUCAAAAUACCUCUGUCCUGCCUACUGCCGCCUCUAGUGGCGCUUCGGCGUCGGUGUCAUCAACUUCGACGCAGCCCCUGCGACUUCUCCCUCCUAAUGUUAACCACCAGCAUCACACCCAUCCUCAUCAAGCGCCAUCAGCCACUACGGCCCUCCUCCGUACUGAUAUUGCCAGGCAACUCAUGUUGCUCGGUUUCCAUGACGACGCUGGCGCCCUCCUCUCUGACAAUGGCAUUGACGACUUGGAGAAGUUUCUCUAUGAUCUACGCGAGCGAACGGGUGGAAUGCACCCGGGACUUAACCAAUUGAUUAACUCCGUAUCCACCGUUCUGGCAGCCAGCAGUGGUGGUCCGGCCGACUUACAACAACAGCAGCAAUUGGGACCAAUGCCACAGGCCUUUGAUCUUUUCGAUAACCGCUGUAGCGGUGUCACUUCUCAUUUGGGGAAGCAACACUUUGCUGGUAGGCAAAACUCUGCAUCGGCCUCGGAAACACUAGGCCAACUGGUAAUGCGUGCAACCCAUCUUCAAGCGACAAUCGUCCAGUUAGACAAGAAAAAAAGGGAGCUGAAUAUGAAGCAUUCACAGUUACGCAAGAUGAACAUGGGAGGCCCUACAGCUCACCAUUCUAACUCCAUGCUGCAAGAAAUUGUGCUGCAGCAGGCACAGAUCUCACAACAAAUCGAGGCGCAGGAAGCCCAGCUUGGUCAAGUGCGUCUUCAGAUUGCUUUUCUCACUCGUCUUACAACGGGUGGUGGCGGCGGUGGUGGCAUUGGCAAUGAAGAUUCCACCGCUGCUGCUGCCGCGGCUACAGCUGCUAUGCUCAUGCGUCUCCGUUCUGGCGGUGGUAACGGUAGCGUUGGCCCUCCGCCUACGCGGAUGGUGAACCAUCCGAUGGGAGGAUUCGGCAGCUGUGGGCCUCGCGGAAAUGGGAUGCUUAUCAAUUCUCCACUUCCCUCCACUGAUCUGGCCCCUAGAUUGGCCGAUUUGAAGCUAUCGAUGGACGUGGGACGUCGAAUGCCUUGGGAGGGUGGUGGUGGUGGUGGUGUUUGGGACGUCCCCUCACCUCAUCAAUUCAGCCAUGUCUCGUCGCCGAACACCUUCCUUAAUAGCGAUCCCACAUCCAACGUCUUUCCUCUCACCUCUUCCACUCUUGGUGAUCGUCGAUGGACGACCUCCAAUUCCUCCUCCGAUUUUCACCAACCUCCUGCCCCUUCCCUUUCUAACACCACUGCUGUUGCGGCAGCAGCCAACGCUAUUUGGAACGCCUCCUGGCUCCUCCUCUCCGAUUUGACACCUCAGUUUUCCCUUGAAGUUCUCCGAAUUUCUAUCACGACUGCAUUGGAUCAGCAACAACAACAACAGAACGUAGUCAUUGGUGAUGGAAGCGGCGGUCCUUCGAACGUCGGCACUGUUUCUUCCACCCCAUCCUAUGAAGUUCACCCUAAUCUAACGUCUCGCUACGUUCUGGUGGGAUUCUUAAACCCAGCCGAUGCCUCCGCUGUUUCUACAUUUAUCUCCUCUACUGCUAAUUCAACAAUCAAACUUGCCAAUAGUGUCACCAUCAUCAGUCCUGCAGAGGCCAUGGCAAAGUUGCAGGAGAUAAAGACUUUAGAUGACGAACUUCAACAGCAACAGCAACAGCAAAACCCAUCUCAGCAACAGACACCACAACAGCAGGGAACUCAGUUAACUUGGCCCCCAACAAAUGUGCCCGCAAGCGAGUAG